CCCAGAACGCCACGCCCUCACGCGGGCAUGACGUACAGAUCCCCGCAUUUUUCUCGCACUCUGGACAUGCUCAUCAUUCCUUUGGUGGUGGCAAGGCGGGCGACACAUAGCCAGGGGGGGGGGAUGGAUGGAUGGAUGGACGGACGGACGGAUUCUGCAGAAAUAAAUCCAUUUUUCUUUUCGUUUCUGCCAAGUCGUGGGCCGCGCGGACCAACAGAACAGCAUUCUCCAUCCCAUCCCAUCCCUCCGUCCUCCCCAUCAAAUUAACCCCCAAAAACUCAAACAUUCCCAUCACGAUCAACAGGAGAAAAAGGUCCGCCAAACUCCCUCCCUCGUCGAGUUCUCGUCGGAGACACAGAGCUCCAUCACCCCGCACGGCCAGUUGGGGGGGCGGCGUCUCUCGUAUCGAUGGCAGGGGGGUGACCAGACCGACCCCGCGUUCACCAUCGGCUUUGGCUGUUCAUCAUGCCCCGUCACUGACUGGCGUCAGACAUUGGAGAAAAACCGCCACUGACACUUGCACUAAACAAAACUUCCUCCAUCGGCAAUGGAAGUACAGACACACUACGUACAUAUGAACACUGAAUCAAGCUCAACAAAAAUAUUGACAGGCCGUUGAAUCAAUCACACCACUUCCUCCCCCCCGCCCCACUCCAUCCUCGAUUGCCGGGAAGCCGAACGCACGGCCCCGCCCGCGUCGGAUAGUGGAUCCUCCCCCGUCCCGGGUUUC